AAAGCCUCCUACAAAAAGGAAGGAGAAAGCCUGUUAAAAACCACGGAACGACAAAUUUUCCGUCGACAAAGAAAGCUACAAAUAAAUAAAAAUCCGUGCUGUUGACGGGGAAAAACGAGGAAGUGCCCUCCAUUUCUCAAGGAAUUCGCAGAUCCGUUUCUUCUCGUGCUCUUUAAUUUUUGGUGUCGACGGUCAAUUUUAACUGAAAUCCGGCCAUAUUUACCUGGAAAUCUGCCCAAUUUUGACAGAAAUCCGGGACAAAAUGAACGCAGGACCCUCUGGAUUUCAACAUGCUCCCGUGACAAAAAUUUUGGUUCUCCUAUGCGGCGCGGUCUCCAUUAUUGCUGCCACUCAAGGACGACCGUAUUCCUUUAAUCUUUCGUAUCAGGCAAUUUUAAAGAAGUUUCACCUUUGGAGGCUCUUAACAUCUGCGUUCAUAUUUUCAUCAACCUCAGAGUUGAUAUUUGGACUUUACCUAUUAUACUACUUCAGGGUUUUUGAAAGACAAAUUGGAUCUAACAAAUAUUCUGUUUUUAUCUUAUUUUCAACAAUCUUUUCAAUACUCUUCGAGUUAGCAAUUUUGACAGGGUUGAAAGACACUAUAUCAAGUGGACUAGUUCCUGGACCAUAUGGCAUAAUAUUUUCACUCUUUGUCCCCUUCUUUCUGGAUAUACCAGUUUCAACAAGGUUUCAAAUUUUCAGUUUCCGGUUCUCUGACAAGUCAUUUGUCUAUCUUGCUGGACUUCAACUUCUCCUAUCAUCAUGGAAAAGAUCCUUUAUACCAGGGAUUUGUGGAGUUCUUGCUGGAUUAUUAUAUCGAGCGAACAUCUUUCACAUUCAAAGAAUCAAGUUACCUAAACUGGUAAGCUCUGCUGUGUCGUGGCUCUUUUCACCAUUAGUUUCAAGUGGUUCAUCUACAACUUCCACAAGAAGAACUCGUCGGAGGGAAACUAUUAAUGCACCAUUGGGCCAACAGUUUCAGCAGGACCGUUUGGUAGCACCUGCUCUGGUUCCUUCAGAGGAAGCCAUUUCAACUCUAGUUUCUAUGGGGUUUGAUAGAAGCUCAGCUACACAAGCACUUAGACAAGCAAGGAAUGACAUUGGUGCUGCUGCAGACCUACUUCUCAGCAAUCAGCUUUAAUGAUUGUUAUAUUAUUUCUGAUUUGCCUUCUAUAUUGGUUCGUCUGGCCUUUGAAUGACAGUUUAGAUGUACACUUUUUUGUGCAUAUUAGACCACUCAAUUCAAGAUUGAGAUUCUUCUAAAUCUUUGUUCAAAUUGGUCCGGUUGCUAAAGGAGGGAGAUUUCCUAUUUCCUGGUUUGCUUCAAAUUCUGACAUGGAGAGACUGACAAAGGUCGAUAUGGAGAUGUAAACUUGCCAUUAAAUUUAAGUUUUCACUCCUGUUACAGGAAUAUAUUCACUGGUUGCUGCAUCCUGGCAUACAUGUAACACCAAUUAUCUCCUGUGGGUCUUUAAAUAUUUUGCCUAGCCUCGGUUAACACUCUAUUUAAUUGGUCAAAGUGAACCACUUUGAGGGACUUUGCAUAAGUUGGAUAUCUUUGAAUCAGAGGUAAACUUCAAUUUUCUGCACAUGUAAAUUAGAAAAAGAGGCAACUGAACUGUCCAUUGAUUAUGGCUGAAUUUAGGCCAGGAUUUUUGUAUCAUUAUUACAUGCAUCCAUAAACUAGGUUAUGUUAGUUCAUUGAUGGGACAAAUACUGAAACAACUAUUUUUGUCGUCUUUUACUAGAGAUGUUUUGAAAUACACCUUGCUCUAGAUUUUCCUUUUGGUGGUCUA